CCCUUACCCCACAAAUCACAAAUUCUCUCUCAAUUCCUCAAUCCCCGCACAUCAUCACGGAAAACUUUCACAUCCCUACUUACUACUUUAUAUAAACUCUGUACAAGAAUCAAGAAAAUUAGAGAACCAAGAAACCAACACCUCCAUAUUUCACUUUCCAUUUUUUUCUAUUUUCAUUAUGGGUAAUUUCACCAAGCAAGUGACAUUCUUCUUGUUCUUGGUGAUCUCAACUCCACUAGUGCAAAUUGAAGGUAGAAAAAGCAAGUUUAUGAUCAUACCUGCAUCUCCUGCACCAGCUCCAACUCCAAUCAAUGAAAUUAGUUUUCCUCCAUUUUCAUCCCUUAGUCCAACUCCAACUCCAACACCAGCACCAGCACCAGCAACAGCAACAGCACCAACACCCUUCUUUAAUGAUUUUGCGUUUCCUCCAUUGUCAUCUUUAAGUCCAACACCAGCACCAGCACCAGUAGGUAGUGUUCAAGAUCCUGAUGUGAACGGCGUACCAACUCCUGCAAUGGCACCACAAGGGAGUGGUCAAGAUCCAGAGGAAGUUGGCAUUGAAGCGCCAGCACCACUUUUAACUGAUACCCCCUAUGGACUUUAUGGUCCUCAUUCUCAGGAAAUUCCUUCCACUGUCACAAGUCUUGAUGAGGUUGAAACUCAAACUCCUGCCAAGGAAUUCCAAGGUGCUAGAUUUAAUACAGAUGACUCCUACAAUAACAAUGGUUAUGAUUCCAACAACAACUAUGGCUUCUCUGAAAAUUACAACAAUAAUGGCUACUCGGAGAAUAACAACAACAAUGGCUACUCUGAAAAUUACAACAACAACAAUGGCUACUCUAAGAAUUACAACAACAACAACAAUGUUUUCUCCGAGAAUUACAACAACAAUGGCUACUCCAAGAAUACCAACAACAACGGCUACUCUAAAAAAUUCAACAACAAUGGCUACUCCCAAAAUUACAUGAACAGCAACAAUGGCUUCUCCGAGAGUUACAACAACAAUAACAACAACAAUGUUUUCUCCGAGAAUUACAACAACAAUAACGAUAAUGUUUUCUCCGAGAAUUACAACAACAAAAAUAACAACAAUGAUUUCUCCGAGAAUUACUACAACAACAAUGGCUACUCUGAGAACUACAAUGAGGCUAGCAGCUACAAUAACAAUGGCAAUACAGUGGAGAGACAAGGAUUAAGUGACACAAGAUUCUUGGAAAAUGGCAAAUACUAUUAUGAUAUCAAGAAUGAGAAUCCCAACAUCAACAAUGGCUACUCCGACAACUACAAUCAUGUUAGCAGCUAUAAGAAUAACAAUAACAAUAUGGUUGAAAGGCAAGGAUUGAGUGACACAAGAUUCUUGGAUAAUGGCAACUACUUUUAUAGUAACAAUGGUGAGAAAAUGUCAAUGGAAGAAACUGAAAGACAGCAGGAAUAUCCAGACACUGAAGAUCAGUAUGAACUUCCUUGAAGAUAAACAUUAUGAAAUGGUCCAAAGAAAGGGACAAACGCAGGGGACAUGGAAAUUGAUUUUGUUUUAAGUUAUUUUGAGUGUUUGUGCAUUAGUUCCACUUGUGUCUGCAAACACCUUUUUUUUCCUUAGGUAUAGUUGACCGAGGGAACUUUGUGUUGUUUAACACUUUUGGAUUUUUUAAAAACUUUUUAUAAUGAUCUUGAAUAUAAACUUGUAACAUUAUGAUACCUUCCUCUGCUACAAAUACAACUUAUACAAGUAUACAACUACUUUAA